AUGUGUGGAGAGAAUAUUAGCCAACAACACAAGCUGAUGGUUGCGGACUUUUCAAUCCAAAAAGGGACAAAGGGAAAGAGGAAAAGUAAUCCUAAGGUCAAAUGGUGGAAGCUAGAGAAGGCAGAAAAUGUGGAGUUGACAUCUAGUUUUAAGGAGAAUGUUCUGAGAGAAAUAAAGUUGGAAGAUGAUGUAAAUGAUUGGUGGGAGUUGAACAGCAAAGCAAUCCUAAGACAUGGGGAAGAAAAUUUAGGCAAAACAUCAGGCAAAGGUCCACCAAAAGAUAACGAAAACUGGUGGUGGAAUGAAGACACACAAGACAAGAUCAAGAAAAAGAAAGAAUCCCAAAAGACCUAUGGUAAACAUAGAACAGAAGAAACAAGCAAACAUAUAAAGACGGAAACAGUUACAAAACAACAAGUUGCCAGAGCUAACGCUGCUGCUUUCAGUGAUCUGUAA